AGAAGAGACGUGAGGCCACAGUUCUAUAAUCUGUUAAAUAGGACUCAGUAAAGAGUAGUCCCAAACUAGUAUAGACAAGAGAUUUUAGGAAAUUAGUUCCAGGCACCAAUCAUGUUAGCAACAAUUCCUUAAGCACUGACAUACAUGGCUUCUGGCACUUUUUAAUACCAACAAGUUGACAUUUCUCCCGUAUAAACAAGUCAAUUCUUGUCCUCUUGAACACAGUAUCGUUUUUGUGAGUCCUUUAUAAGGAACAGAAUGUGGGAUAUAGCAAAAGUAACAAUGCCUUCAGGACCAGGUUAGAAAAAGGUAACCCAGGGCUGGCAUGUGUGGCUCCUGAUAGAGCCCCUUCCUAGUGUAUGCACGGUCCUGGGUUCAAGUCUCAGCAUGGAAAAAACAAAACAAAAACCACACUGCAAAUAUCUAGACAUUUAUCCUUGAAAUCUGAAGCUCGGGCCAUAUUAAGAGGCCAUGUAUAGGGAGGUGGAGAGAUGUAUCAGCAGUUAAGAACACUUGUUCUUCCAGAGGACCCAAGUUCAGUUCCUAGUACCCACAUGGUUGCUCAAAACCAUCUGUAACUCCUGUUCCAGGGGAUCUGAUACCUUCCUCUGACCUCUGAGGGUACCACACAUACAUAAUAAAGAGGUCAUGGAGGGGUGGGAGAGAUGUCUCAGCAGUUCUUGCAGAGGACUGGGAUACAGCUCCCAGCACCCACAUGUUGACUCCAUCUCUAAACUCCAGUUCCAGAUGAGUCACCUUCUAACCUUUGAGGGCACCAGGCUGUACAUACAUAUACAAAAGACACUCAAAUAUACAUAUAAAAUAAAAAUCUUUUAAAAAAUAAAAAGGAUAGGGCUGGAGAUGGCUCAGAGGUUAAGAGCACCGGCUGCUCUUCCAGAGGUCUUGAGUUCAAUUCCCAGCAACCAUGUGGUGGCUCACAACCGUCUGUAAUGAGAUCUGGUGCCCUCUUCUGGCCUGCAGGCAUACAUGCAGGCAAAAUACUGUAUACAUAAUAAAUAAGUAAAUCUAAUAAAUAAUAAAAAAAUAAAAAGGACAUGUGUUUCAAAGCUCCAGUAGCCCCAGCUGACAGUACUUUCAAUUCCCAAGCACGUGAAUAAAGGAUCCUUUAAGGGGUCUUAGCUCCUGGCCUUUAAGCCACCAUCAGGUGAUGUUGAAUGAAUCAGAACAGCUGGUGGUACCCAUUCAAUUUAUAAAGUUGGGAGCCAAAUACUGGCUUAAUCCUCUGGUUUUUGGUAUGGCUUUUUUGUUAUUUUGGUUUUUAGUGGUUGCUAGGGAAAUCAAACUGAGGGCCUUGGAUAUAUUAAGUUUGUACUGUGCAAAUGAGCUACAUCCUCAGUCCCUAAUUUUUUUUUGUUUGCUUAUUUUCAUGUUUUUUUAAAGGUUUAUUUAAUGUGUAUUAGUGGCUUGCCUGUGUGUAUGAAGUGCACUACAUGCAUGCCUAGUGUCUUCAGAGGCCAGAAGGUGUUUGUCCUGGAACUGGAGUUACAAGUAGAGUGAAAUCAUCCAAGUGCUAAGAAUCAAACCUGGAUCCUCAGCAAGAGCAGCCUAUGCUCUAAACUGCUGGGCCAUUUCUCCAGGCUCUGCCUUUUAUUUUUUGAGACAGGGUCUCACUAUGAAGCCCUGGCUGGCCUAGAACUCACUAUGUAGAGACCAUGCUAUCCAGGAGGUCACAGGUAGACAUCUCCUGAAUGUUGCAAUUACAAGCUUGUGCCACCAUGUCCAGCCCCAGUCCCAGCUCAUUUUAAUGUUAUGUCUAAUUACUUUUACAAGACAGAGAAGUACAAGCUUUGAUUCCUUUCUGACAGAUGAGACUGAUGUUCAGGGUGGUGAAAUUCACUCAGAUUUCACUAAGUGACACUUGGUAGCUUUGAGAAAAUUUAUUGGGCUAGGAAUGUUGUUCAGUUUUUAAGAGUACCUUCCUAGCACUGAUUAGGACCUGAGCUUGACUCCAAAUACUGAGUUCUGGUACCUAGCAUGCCUGAGCUCUGGGUCUCUAACUCAGCACCUGGGUGUAGGUGCCUGCUGUACUCCAUAAUGAGAGAAUUAUUCUUAUUUUCUCUCAGCUUUAAGAAUCUAGAUCCCGACGGGCGGUGGUGGCGCAUGCCUUUAAUCCCAGCACUCGCAAGGCAGAGCCAGGCGGAUCUCUGUGAGUUUGAGGCCAGCCUGUUCUACAGAGCGAGAUCCAGGACAAAACUACACAGAAAAACCCUGAACCCUGUCUUGAAAAAAAAAAAAUUAUAGAUCCCGCUUGUGAAGGGGCUGUCUGUAGGUGCCAUGUUAGGCUGUGAAGGUGGCAAAAAGAAGCCCCUGAAACAGCCCAAGGAGAUGGACGAGGAAGAUAAGGCUUUCAAGCAGAAACAAAAAGAGAAGAAACUCAAGAAGCUAAAAGCCAAGGCCGUGGGGAAGGGAUCCCUGGCCACAGGUGGAAUUAAGAAAUCUGGCAAAAAGUAAGCUGUUUCUCAUAUCUGAGAUGAUGGUGACCCUCUUCCAUUCCUAUUUAAACAUCUGGAUUCCCUGCCAUAACAUCUUUGCCACCUACAGCUAGAAUGAAGUGUUAACCUGGAGCCUGUUAAACAUCUGGAUUCCUUACUAUAAUAACAUCUUUGCCACCUAUAGUUAGAAUGAAGUGUUAUCCUGGAGCCUGUUGUACAUUUUAAUAAACUGUUGUUAAUAGAAAAAAAAAAAUCUAGCCAGGCGGUAGUGGUAUAAGUCUUUAAUCCCAGCACUCGGGAGGCAGAGCCAGGUGGAUCUCUGUGAGUUCAAGGCCAGCCUGGUCUACAGAGCGAGAUCCAGGACAGGCACCAAAAUUACACAGAGAAACCCUGUCUCAAAAAUAAAUAAAAAAUCUAGAUCCCAGUCAGGCGGUGGUAGCAAAUACCUUUGAUCCCAGCACUCUGGAGGCAGAGGCAGGGGGAUCUCUGUGUGUUCUGUGAGGAUUGCCAGGGCUACACCGAGAAACCCUGUGUGUGUUGGGGGGGAAUAAAGAAGAAAAGCAACCACUUUUCUUUUCCCACACUGUGUCUUUGCAUAGGCUUUAUUAAUUUUUUUUUUCAGCCGGGCAUGGUGGCACACAGCUUUAAUCCCAGCACUUGGAAGAGGCAGGCAGAUCUUUAUUAAGUUAUAGGUCAGCCUGGUCUACAGAGUUACACGACAGUCAGGGCUGCUACAAAGAGAAACCCUAUCUCACAAAAAAAAAAAAAAAAAAAGUUUUUUCAAAGAGUCUUUAUGCAGAUUAUCUAAGGCUUUCCCCUCUCGUUGCCAAAUUUAAUCUUUAUUACUACUAUUACCGUCUGGCAAACCAAGCUAAAGAUAAAUACAUUCCUAACUCUGUACAGCCUACAUU